AUGGUAGCUUUCAACAAGAUCAAAGCUGCCUCUAGAGAAGCUCCCUUGAGACUAACAAAUUUCAAUGGCACGAACUACAAUGACUCGCUACAGAAACUUAGGAUUGUCCUAGAUUUCAAGAACCAGGACUAUGUCUUGGACAAGCCACUCUUUACGGCCUUGCUAGAAGGGUCCUCGCCUGAAGAACAUGUCACAUUCGAAAAGUGGCAUAAGGACAAUAGCAAGGUCUGCAGUAUGAUAAUAGCUUCAAUGACCAAUGAUAUCCAAAAUCAAUAUGAUAGGCUGAAAGAUGUUACAUCGAUAAUACUUCGCAUGAAAGAGGUUUAUGCGAUUUCUGAUAGGCAUAUUAGAAAUACCGCCACAAAAGCAUUUUUUGGGACCAAGCUGGCUGAAGGAUCCUCUGUACAAAGUCAUGGGGUCAAGAUUUCAUCCCUAGUGGAGAAGCUCAAAGACCUCAAAGUUGGGUUUCACAAUGACACGUACAUCGACAUGAUUUUUCAAUCACUGCCUCCAUCCUAUGACCCAUUUAUUAUUAACUACAACAUGAAUGGGCUCGAGAAAUCUAUUCAUGAGUUAAUUAAUAUUUACGAGACAACGACCCACAAGUCUGUACCAGCAAUAUUGGUACUGGAAAGAAGUAGAAGUCAGCGUAAGGACGAGAUGGUCUUAAGGCUCGAUGAUGGCAAGGUCGAUGCUGCAAAAGCCGUUGGAUCUCUCAACUUAGCUAUUAGUGAUCAUAUUUAG